AAGUUGGCCAAGAAACACAGACUGAACAACCGGAGGAGAGAGAAGAGUACCGAGAUUUAGGGGGCAGUGAAAACUUGGAGAGAUAUAAGGGUGCUGAGAAGAUGAUCACGAAGAACCUCGAGGAGGUGGCAGAAUUGUGGAAGGACCAAGACGAGUGGUUUGUUCUUUCGUGCCUUCCGUCAAGUCUUCGAGUGAGUUGAGUUUUCAUGUUCACUGCUUCGCAAGUGUCACACACUCUUCACAACAUUUGGCUGCGGCAUCUAAUGUUCAUUCCACUCAUCUCGAUGAAAUUGUCCUCACAGUUUGAGGCAGACUAUUGACAAACAGCUGAGUCGAUCUAUUGUGGUAAACAUGAAAGCAUCCACCCCCUUCUUCCUUGUUGCGCUGUUGCUGUCCCACGUUCACUUGUGCAUGGGUACUCUUGAAUCCCGUCAAUCAUGCAGCUCAGACUAUGCACUCUGUUCACCUCAAGGUGCUUCGAUUCGGGACAUCCCCCCUAUUGGACCUGGUCUUGCUAGGCUCUAUCUCAACCUCAUUGAGACUGUCAAUCCUCAGCCGGCACAAACCAACGGAUCUUCCACUGCUGCUUCAGCACACGAAGCAAGACAGGGAGUGGCUACACUUUGCUGUGCAUCCAACACUCUCUGCAUUCUCGUGCUCAGCUACAACAUCCCCUGCUGUUGGGACCACUUUACCACAAACUACUAUUUCGUUGAUGGCUCCUAUGGCUCGGUCACCACAGGAAAUUAUACAACUCCUGCAGGAGACCACGCAAACCUCAUCACUGGAGAGUACGAGUUGGCAAAUGGACAAAUGGGAAACAUCUACCAAGGAGACACAGGAGCAGAGCCCAAUACUUCAAGUCUAGCCUUGCCCACGCCAUUCACAAGCACAGGAGUAGGAUCGGCCAUACCAGCGAGUGCAGUCGGAAGUCCACUGACAAUCACCUCCUACACCUCGUCGAUGCUAGCGCUGACUCCACCCUCUGCCACUUCCGGCUUGAGCAGCAGCGACGUUAGCAGCUCGAUGGUGAAUGUGACGACCAGUAUGGAAAGUGCCCCAGUGGGGACUGAAAGCAGUCAAUCCUCUGUUACCACUGUUUCGCCCACCCAAUCUCAGAUCACGCCACCCAUGAGGAAUGACGCAGCAGCAGCACCCUUUUGUGGAAGGUUGGUGCUGCAGACAAUCAUUUUUAUUGCAGCUGGAAUGCAUGUCUGGCCGCUGUAGACCUUGCAUGCAAGAGUCCCCAAUCACCACGCAAAUGACCGCGACCUUGUCGGCGCGGAGGAUUUGGCAAGAGUCAUGCGCACCGGCCAUUGUCAUCUUACAUCGACCGGGCAAUUCAUGUGACCGGUGAAUGAAAUGGAAUUCAUGUUGAAAUGGAAACUGAUGC